CUCACUUUCUCAGUCUCUCUUUCUCUCUCUCUCUCUCUCUCUCUCUCUCUCUCUCUCUCUCUCUCUCUCUCUCUCUCUCUCUCAGAGAAGCAUGGACAAUAAUAAUGGUUGCUUCUCUUCACCAAGACGUGAUGCUUUUCCAGCAGGUCUAAGAGUCCUUGUUGUUGAUGAUGACCCAACAUGGCUUAGGAUCCUUGAAAAGAUGCUCAAGAAGUGUUCCUAUGAAGUGACUACAUGUUGUUUGGCGAGGCAUGCUCUACACUUGCUUCGCGAAAGGAAAGACGGGUAUGAUAUAGUGAUCAGCGAUGUGAACAUGCCUGACAUGGAUGGAUUCAAACUUCUAGAGCAUGUUGGACUUGAGAUGGAUCUUCCUGUGAUUAUGAUGUCCGUUGAUGGAGAAACAAGCAGGGUGAUGAAAGGUGUUCAACACGGAGCAUGCGAUUAUCUGCUUAAGCCUAUAAGGAUGAAGGAACUGCGAAACAUAUGGCAGCAUGUCUUUAGGAAAAGGAUACACGAGGCGAGAGAAUUCGAGAGUUUUGAAGGUUUCGAGAGCAUUCACCUGAUGAGAAACGGAUUGGAGCAAUGCGAUGAUGGGAACCUGUUUGCCCUUGAAGACAUGACCUCAACUAAGAAAAGAAAAGAUGCAGAUAACAAACACGAUGACAGAGAAUUGAUAGAUCCAUCAUCCACAAAGAAAGCUAGAGUAGUUUGGUCUGUGGAUCUUCACCAGAAGUUUGUUAAAGCAGUGAAUCAAAUUGGAUUUGAUAAAGUUGGUCCAAAGAAAAUACUAGAUCUCAUGAAUGUUCCUUGGCUGACUAGAGAAAAUGUUGCAAGCCACUUGCAGAAGUAUCGGCUUUACCUAAGCCGGCUUCAAAAAGAGAACGAUCUGAAGUCGUCUUCCUCAAUCGGAAUGAACCAGGAUUUAGCCUCAACAGAUCUAGGGAGUUUUGUUGGAGUUCAGAACUCAGUGAGCAAUAAACAAAAUGAUGUUUCAAUUGACAGUUGCAGUUAUUCAGAAGGAGCACUGCAACUUCAGAACAUGGAAACCAAAACUCAUGAAGGUAGCAGUGAUCCAAACGGAACUAUUUCUCCGCCUGCCACCACAGAAAAAGGAAGAACUAUGAUCAGAAACUUUGUUUCCGAGAAAAAGAUGAGAAAGAACCAACCUUUUGACUCUCUUGAGCCGGAAGGAAACCACACAGCAGUAAUUGAUUGCUCCAUUCCAACACAAUUCUCUUGGAAUGAAGUUCCAGAAAUUCAACUCAAAGAUCACAAGCCACUUGUUCAGUUAGAGGGUAACUUAAGCCACAAGUUUCCAGUAACAGGUAAGAAGCACCAAAUCCAAGUUGAUCAUCAAUCACCAUCAAUUGGUUCGAUUGGUUCUCCAUCUUUGACAGGGGAGGAGGUCACGGCAUGCAUCAAAACAAAACCUUUGUGUGCAGAUUACAAGUGUGAAUACAAGAGUUCUGUGAGUUCGAUAGGAUCGGCAGUUGACAACAACACGUUCCCUAUCGAACCAGGAAGCCUUAUGAUGAAUGAUCCAUCAACAGCACCAAUUUCAACUACAAAUUUGGGAUUGAAAACACAAGCAUCUAACCUCAACAGCAUUUCGGAUAUGGAAUUUUGCCAGAGAAACCUACUUUUGGAUGCAGUUUCGCUACCGUUGGACGAUGAUCUGCAUUUUAAUUGGCUACAUGGGGAAUGCUCUAACAUCAACUUCAGCCUGCAGAACAUAGGGUAUUAUGAUCCAGGGCUUAUUGCAGAAAUUCCAACUCAUUACUAUGAUUCAGCAGCAGAUUAUGCAGUCAUAGAUCAAGGUCUAUUCAUAUCAUGAUCUGUCCCUCUGCCCCUUCCCUUCCCCUGCAUCUUAAAAACAAAAACUCAAACUCAUGCGUGAAAGGACAAUUUUUUAAUGUUAUUGGGAUGUAGUCUAACUAUAUUAUUUUAAAGGGAUUUCAAUUAUGAGGGUUAGGGUAUUCUUUAUCCAAUGAUUAAGGAUUUGGGUAGUGUAAGCAUAUAUUAAAAAGUUGGUGAUGAUGAGUGAUUACAAACAUUAAUC